AGCGUUGGAAGAAAAGAAAAAAAAGGUCCAUUUCCAAACCAACAGUAUCUCGCAGCAUUGCCCCAAAAGGAAGGCCGUAGCAUUUCUCCUGGAUGGAAAUUUGGCGGCAGCGGCCUCCUCCGACUCUUCCUCCCUGGUUCAACCGUGCACUUGUUCCCUCCCGGUGUCCACCGUUGCCAUAUCCCUCCCCUGCGACGGUAGCCGUUUGCAGGACGCGUUUGGGGAGGAUGGGAUGCACCAUCCGCCUUGGGAAGAAGGCCACCCUUUUGCCUGAGGGAGGUGCCGGUGAAGAGCCGUGCCCGCCUGCAUGCGGGACAGUUUUCCCCGAAAUGGCGACACCGGGGCCGAGUGAGCGCGUGAUGGACGCGGGAAGCAGAAGCUCUGGUCAACGUCACGCCUGCCUUGCUUGCCUUGCCUUGACCUCUUUCCUUCCCUCCCCAUCCUUCGGCGGUGGCAACCUGGUCUCUCUCCCCCUCCGGCAGUGGUGCAAUAUUGCUUGUGUGCGUCUCUUUUUUAAUUUCGUGCGUCCACUUUUUCCAUUUUUUAACACUUCGGAAAACCAUCCUUUUCCCCUUCCUUCCUUCCUUCCUUCCUUUCUCCCUCCCUUUUGUACACUUUCCCCGAUUCGAAUCCAUCACCCUUCCUUUUUGCUUCGUCGUUUCUUUCUCCGGCUUUCCUCUUUCCUUCCAGAUCAUGUAUGAAUUUGCUCUUUUUUCUUUGUUUUUGGAUAAAUGUCGUUCUGUUGUUGGUUCUUAUUGUCGUUAUUAUUAUUAUUAUUAUUGAUAUUAAUAUUAUUAUUGAUAAAUUAAUUGUCGAGAGGAGACGACCUCCCUUUCCCUCCCCGCUCGGCUGCUUCCCGGUCCCCGCUCUUCUGCCGUCCUAUCUUCCUUGGCUUUUCCUUACAGAUCCCCCCUCCCUCUCCGUUGACACCCAGAGACCUUGUUUUCCAAGGCUGACCCAGUUUCCAAGGCAGGGAGGGGUCUUCCCGCACCCGGCGUCAUCUUUUCUGCCUUUUUGGGACUUUUUUGGGAAACGCUCCCGCAGAGGAUUCCUACGACUGACUCUUUUUUGGAAUACUUUUUUUGUAAAGGAAAUAUAUAUAGAGAGAGAAAGAUAUAUGUAUAGAUAUAUACACACCGAUCUCGAUGCAGCAGCAGCAGCAGAACCCCUUCCUGAAUUUUGCACAGAAGGAGAAGGAGCGCGAGACCCCCUUCGCAGGCCUGGAAAAGGGCGCAAAAGGCCAUCCCGGCUCCGGACUCUUCUCCCUCCGGUUUGUGUGUCCAUCCCCGCUUCUGUUUACAUCAGGCACGGGCAAACUUCGGCCCUCCUUCUGGGUGUUUUGGACUUCAACUCCUACAAUUUCUGGCCUCAGACCCCUUGCUUUUCCUCCUCAGCAGCCUCAGUCCUCUUCCUUUUCCCCCUCUGCAGCCUCGGUCCUUUCCUUUUUCCCCUCAACAGCCUCAGUCCUCUUCCUUUUCCCUCUCUACAGCCUCAGUCCUCUUCCUUUUCCCCCUCUGCAGCCUCGGUCCUUUCCUUUUCCCCCUCAACAGCCUCAGUCCUCUUCCUUUUCCCUCUCUGCAGCCUCAGUCCCCUUCCUUUUCCCCCUCUGCAGCCUCAGUCCUCUUCCUUUAUCCCACUCUGCAGCCCCAGUCUCCUUCCUUUUCCCCCUCUGCAGCCUCGGUCCUUUCCUUUUCCCCCUCUGCAGCCUCGGUCCUUUCCUUUUCCCCCUCAACAGCCUCAGUCCUCUUCUUUUUCCCUUUUCCCCCUCUGCAGCCUCCGUCCCUUUCAGCUUAAGUGGCUUAGGUGGAAAAGGAAAGGGCCUGAGGCUAUUAGGAAUGGUGGGAUGGUGGGAGUUGAUGGGAAAAAGGAAAUGCCUGAGGCCAGGAAUUAUGGGAGUUGAAGUCCAAAACACCCGGAAGGACAUCCAAAGUUUGCUCACACCUGGUUUACACAAUCCUGGCAGUAUCACACUUUUUUAAUUUCUAUUUCUUUUUUUAAAGAUCAUUGCUUUGUAUUGUAGUAACCAAUACUCGCCGUAUACGUCGAAUGUAUGAUAUCCUUCUGCUAUUAUUUCUCUCCCCCUUCGUUCGUUGGGACUGAAAGCAAGAACCCACAAUAACGGACGCCUCCCGCAGAUCCUCCAGUUCCGGUUUCCUUUUGUUAUGGUUUGUUUCCUUUCCCCCCGCCCCAUCUUCUAUUUGCCGGAGUUGGGGAGGUUGCGUGCGUGUUCAUUUGCAACUAGUGACUUAGUUGGAUGUGGGAUCAUGACAAAUAAAAACCCCAUGAUUAUGGUUGA